AUGUCUUUCAUUCAAAUUAACCCUGCCUCUUGACUGGUUAACUGCUUUUCCAGCUGCUUUAUCUACCCCACACCUGUGAUCAUGGAACUCUUCUCUCGGGGCCCCAAGCCAAUCCAUAUCCCUGGCACUGGCACUGGGGGCAAUGGUUUUGAGUUAUGGGAAAUUGGCUGCUUCAGCACUGAGCGCAGUCUUGCCAAGAAGCUCAAGAACAAUCCUUUCUAUCCCUUCUUUCAGCAGCAGCCUAAUGUUUAUGUGCUAGACUAUUACCAGGACACCUUGUGGAAGGGGAUUCUGCUUUUUUUAGUCUGCGUUGUACUCUUGAGCCUUGGGAUUUUCACUAAGGUGGGUGCUCAGCAGACGUGGGGUUUCCCUGCCUACGGAAUUGGAGUUGCUCUGUGGCUCAUAUUGUCAUCGAUACCGAGGCGCCGCCUCAUCUUGAACCACACUCGAGGGAUGUACCACUUCUCCAUCCAGGGACGCACCGUGUGUCAAGGGCCCAUGCACCGCGUCUACAUUCGCCUCGCCGUGAAAUCUGAUGCCUAUGGCAGGUACUUCUUCCAAUUGGUCUUCUGUGGCUACAAACUGGAGCCACUGGUACUGGUUAAGCUGUCAGAACAUUAUGAGCAAUUGGAAUUCCUGGGUCGCCAUAUGGCUCGCAAACUGAACUUGAACUACUUUGACUGUUCAUCUUUGUCCUACCGCCAUGUUGUCCGCCACUGGCCACUGGGAUCUCUAUACAGUCCUGGAAUUACCAAACGCCACCUGACUGGCUAUAGACAGUAUAGCCAGUAUCAAGAUGAAGAAGCUUGA